AUGAGGAGAGGCUUUCAGGUAGCAGCAAGGCUUGGCCAUCACAGAGCACCCCCUGGUGCCCCCUGCAUCCCGCCCAGCCUCCACCCUGUCUCGGCUUUCGGAUUCUCCACGGACACCCUGGUCACAAGAUUCUGUUCUGAGAAGACAGACAAGAAGGAUUAUGCCCUCCCCAAUGCUAGCUGGUGUCCAGACAUGCUAAGCAUGUACCAAGAAUUUCUGGAGAAGACCAAGACCAGCAGCUGGGUCAAGAUACCCUCCUUCAAGUCCAACAGAGACCACAUCCAGGGACUAAAGCUUCCGUUAGGGUUAGCAGUCACCUCAGACAAAAAUGACUGGCGCCUCUUCACCAGGUGCAUCGAAAUGGAAGGACAAGGAUAUGAGUAUGUCAUCUUUUUCCAUCCAUCUAAGAAGAAAUCUGUCUGUCUUUUCCAACCAGGCCCCUACCUGGAAGGACCCCCAGGGUUUGCUCAUGGAGGGUCUCUAGCAGCCAUGAUGGAUGAGACCUUCUCUAAAACUGCCUACCUGGCUGGAAUUGGCCUGUUCACACUCAGUCUCAACAUCAGGUUCAAAAAUCUCAUCCCAGUGGGCUCACUGGCUGUGCUGAAUGUUGAAGUGGAAAAGAUUGAGGACCAGAAGAUUUACAUUUCCUGUAUCACCCAGAGCAGAGACCAGCAGAUAGUUUAUGCCAAGUCCUCAGGUGUUUUCCUUCAGCUACAGCUGGAAGAGGAGUCAUCCCAGUAA